AAGAAACACAGACAGAAGGGACUGUGGGAGGAGGAGGAGGGAGAAGAAAGGGAAGGAAGAAGCAAAGGGAAGAAGAGAAGGAAACCUCCGCAAACCAUACGAACGAGUCCGCUCUGUCGUCGGGAGGGGAAGGGGAGCUGAGCUUCACGCACGGAUUCAAGCUGUCUGUCUGCGUGUCUCUGUGGUGUGGGAGGCGGGAGGUGCCGGAGCUUGAUCGGAGCUCGCCGGAGGCGGAGUAGCGGGGCCGUACAGUUUCAUCCCUCCAGCUAACUGCAACUCGCGCUUUCUGCCGGCUCGUCCGUACAAUGGAGCGGUACGGCGGCUCCGGGGGGGAGCCGCAGUCGUCCGAUCCGUCGACGGAGGCGGAGACGGGGCUUGAAGAGGCGACGUGGCGGCUUGGGCUUGAAGGCGCCAAAUCGUAUCCUGAGCGGCCAGAUGAGGCCGACUGCAUCCACUACCUCAGGACUGGGUUCUGCGGUUAUGGUGCCAACUGUCGUUUCAAUCAUCCACCCGAACGCGGCUUGGUGAUGGGAGCUGCGAGAGCUGGCACUAUGGAGUACCCAGAACGAGCGGGUCAGCCCCUCUGUCAGUACUAUAUGAGGACAGGUACAUGUAAAUUUGGUGCAUCCUGUAAGUUCAACCAUCCGAAGCAGGGAGCUGGUUCUGCUGCUCCUGUUUCACUUAAUUAUUACGGUUACCCGUUACGCCCGGGUGAAAAAGAGUGUUCCUAUUAUAUGAAGACGGGAGAAUGCAAGUUUGGCGCAACAUGUAAAUUUCACCAUCCACAACCUGCUGAUAUCCCAGUUUCCGCUCCGUUGCCAGUACAGCAUCCUCCUACAAUGCCCACUCCUUUUGUUGGGCCUGCUCUCUAUCCUGUGCAAUCAUCAUCUGUUCAUUCAUCUCAACCAUAUGGGUUCGUAGUUGCAAGGCCUUCUCUCUUGCCAUCAUACGGUCCAGGCCCUUAUGGUCCUGUGCUUGUUUCACCCGGGAUGGUACAAUAUCCUGGGUGGAGUCCUUAUCAGGGAACUGUAAAUCCUGGAGCUUCUCCAACUGCUCUACCCACCUCUGCAUCAAGCUCAUUUCAUGGAAUGGCGCAAUUCUCUCCUUCCACAUCUACUUUUCCUGGACCUUAUCAACCUGCAGUUUCCUCUGCUGCUGCUUCAAGCGGUUCCCAGAAAGAACAGUCAUAUCCCCAAAGACCGGGUCAGCCAGAAUGUCAAUAUUACCUGAAAACAGGAGAUUGUAAAUUUGGAUCCUCAUGUAGAUACCAUCAUCCCAUGGAUCUGACUGUACGAGGGACAAGUACCGUCCUCAGUUCACUGGGCUUGCCUCUCCGUCCAGGUGCUUCAAUCUGCACUCAUUUCCAACAACAUGGAGUCUGCAAGUUUGGGCGGGCAUGCAAGUUCGAUCACCCGAUGAGAGAACUCAGUUACAGCCCAUCUGCUUCCUCUCUCACUGACAUGCCUGUAGCCCCUCACCCAGUCGGCUCUUUCCUCGGGACACUAGCUCCCUCAUCUUCUUCCUCAGAUUUGAGACCUGAAGUUAUUUCAGGGGCCACCAAUGUGGACUCUGCUUCCACACGAGCCUUCUCAUCGAUGAGCACAUCCAGUGCUUCCGUUUGUACCAUUCCAUCCAAGGAUGAGCCUGGGUCUAGUCAGCGUAUAUCCGAUCAGAACCCUUCAGUUAUUAGCAAGAACACAGAGGAUCAAGGUUCAAGCUAGAAAGAACUUGGGGAUACGAGGACAUGAUAUUCACAAUAUCUCGACUAUUUCUUCACAAGCUGGAAACUCCAAUUUUUUUUUUCCCCGUUGUGAAGACAUCAGGCAAUAGGUGGCUUCGAUUUCUCAUGACAGCAGUUCAGGCAUUCAGUCUUUUACGUACAGGUCUGCUCCUCAGCCCUCCGUCAUACAAAUUCUUACUUUUCUUCCUUUAAUAAGCCCUUAUAAUCUUAUUCAUCAUCUUUUGCUUUUCGAAUAACCAAAGAAAGGAGUCUGCAGUCCAAAAAAAGAAUCUGCAACAUCUCUCCGAUUUUUGAGGCUCGUGUUUAUUUAUGGCCCUUUUGUCUAGACGGGCAAAAAGACCAGUCAAUGGUAGCUCACCUCCCUUUUAUAUACUAGACACAUAUCUCAACUGCGUCACCUGUACUUAUAGCUCGGGAACAAUCUUCUAUUAGAACUGAGCAAACGGAGGGAUUUGAAGUUGUCCCAUUUCAAGUUCCCGGUCCAUUAUUUUUUGUGUUACGGAUUCAGGGCUGAUGACAAUGAUCUUGAAUAAAAAGGGAAAGAAACAGCAGGAAGACACUCCUAAGGAGCCAUUACAAGGCAAACCUUUCAUUUUUCCUUAAAAAGGAACCAAAAGUUCAAUUAUUGCAUCUGCCAACUGCUGAGACAGUGAAUUCAAUGGUCGGAUUGGCCAUUUUGGAUGUGUCAAAGACAUUGUAGGGACAACUGCCCACAGCUCAUUUUGUGCUACAUGCACGUUCUGUUUGUCAUGCAGCAUGCAGAACCUGCCUCCUCUUAUUGAGAUA